AGGUGUGCUCUGGUUAUGAGGGUUAACUGGUUAAUGAGUCUGGGAUGAUCUGCAGCAGAAGCGUCUCGUAUCUGGGACACGUGGAGUCUGACUCCUGAGAUUUACACAAUCUGAUGUGCUUGUUUGGAGACGCUCAUAUCUCAUGUUCUGAUAAACUGGUGUGUGUGUGUGUGUGUGUGUGUGACAGGUGAAGUGCUGUAAGUACUGGCCCGAUGACACUGAGAUCUACAGGGACAUGAAGGUGACGCUCAUCGAGACGCAGCUGCUGUCUGAAUACGUCAUUCGAACCUUCGCCGUGGAAAAGCGAGGAGCUCAUGAGAUCAGGGAGAUCCGUCAGUUUCACUUCACCGGUUGGCCGGAUCACGGCGUCCCGUAUCACGCCACAGGGCUGCUGGGCUUCGUCCGCCGGGUCAAAGCCAAGAGUCCAGCGAACGCCGGGCCGAUGGUCAUCCACUGCAGCGCUGGAGCGGGACGCACCGGCUGCUUCAUCGUGAUUGACAUCAUGCUGGACAUGGCAGAGCGAGAAGGAGUCGUGGACAUUUACAACUGUGUGAGAGAACUGCGCUCCCGCAGGGUCAACAUGGUGCAGACGGAGGAGCAGUAUGUGUUUAUCCAUGAUGCCAUAUUGGAGGCGUGUCUUUGUGGCGACACCACGAUCCCAGCCAAUCAGCUUCGCUCGGUGUAUUACGACAUGAACCGCUUGGAUCCGCAGACCAACUCCACUCAGAUCAAAGAGGAGUUCAGAACGUUAAACAUGGUGACUCCCACGUUACGUGUGGAGGACUGCAGCAUCGCACUGCUGCCGAGGAACCAUGAGAAGAACCGCUGUAUGGAUGUUCUUCCUCCGGACCGCUGCCUGCCCUUCCUCAUCACCAUCGACGGAGAGAGCAGCAACUACAUCAACGCCGCGCUCAUGGACAGCUAUAAGCAGCCGUCUGCGUUCAUCGUUACCCAGCAUCCUCUGCCCAACACCGUCAAAGACUUCUGGAGGCUGGUGCUGGACUAUCACUGCACGUCUAUAGUGAUGCUGAACGACGUGGAUCCCGCGCAGUUGUGUCCGCAGUACUGGCCAGAGAACGGCGUCCAUCGGCACGGACCCAUCCAGGUGGAGUUUGUGUCUGCGGAUCUGGAGGAGGACAUCAUCAGCAGGAUCUUCCGCAUCUAUAACGCGGCGCGGCCGCAGGACGGGUACAGGAUGGUGCAGCAGUUCCAGUUUCUGGGCUGGCCCAUGUACCGCGACACUCCCGUCUCCAAACGCUCCUUCCUCAAACUCAUCCGGCAGGUGGAUAAAUGGCAGGAGGAGUACGACGGAGGAGAGGGACGCACCGUUGUGCACUGCCUGAACGGCGGCGGGCGCAGCGGCACGUUCUGUGCCAUCAGUAUCGUGUGUGAGAUGUUGUGUCACCAGCACUCGGUGGACGUCUUUCACGCCGUCAAAACACUGAGAAACAACAAACCCAACAUGGUGGACCUGCUGGAUCAGUAUAAGUUCUGCUAUGAGGUGGCUCUGGAAUACUUGAAUUCUGGGUAAUGUGAGCGUUAUCUGCUCUGAUGUCCUCAUCUUCCACUGAAACACACGACGACUGAAACUGGAGCAGAAACUGAACCCAUGUUUCCUGCACUCACCUCCCCAUCAUCUCCAUCCUUUCCUUCGUCUUCAUGUUUGUGAGGAAUGCACUUCAUCACGUGGAUGUUGAUUUGAUCAGUUUUCUGAACUCCAGCGGUCUGGCAUGUACAGUCUGAUCAUGCGUGGCAUUAAAGCGCUCAUACUAACGUGUUUCUGCUCUCUCUGUGGUUGUGUUUGUGUGGAACGAUGGAAAAACUGCUGAAACGUCCCGUCCCAAGAUCCAAAGCUUGUGUUCGUGAUCAUUUCUUUUGUUUAUACUGUAAAUAGAUGAAGCUCACCAGAUAAUUUAUUCAUUGACAGAUUUUUGUGAAGCACACUGAGUGACAAUCAUGUUUUAAUUUGGUCAUUAUUAUUAUUAUCAUACGGACUCCACAUUUAAUAGUGACCAGACUGUAUUGUUAACUUUUUAUUUAUCUGGUAUGAAAAAAACAAAAUUAAACCUAUAAAUACAUAUCUAUAUCUGCCAAA